UUAUAUUGUCUUAAAAUUUCACAGUAAUAAACUAACAACUAACAAAACGCAAAAAAUAAAGUCUAACAAUAAUUAAUACGACAAGUAGGCAAAAAGUCAGUACUCGGAAUGACGAGUGACGACCGUAGUACCGUACCAUAACAUCUACAUAUACAUCUAUUAGUUAUUAGUUAUUACCCAUUCACAUUUCACAGUAUUCACGAAUCAUGAAUCAGUAAUCACGAUAUCAAUAGUCAAUACGCUAAAAAAAAAAAUAGUGGCUAGUCCUAUACCUACUAGUAACAAUUUUUCUAAAAAUAAACCUGCCCCGGAUAAACCCAUGGUCUUCAUAUUAAUUUUGUUUUAUUUACCGACUGCCCAUCAGGUUUAUUUUAAACUCUCUUACAUACUAAAUCCCUAAAUAGUAAAUACGCAUUUGUAUAUCAGAGCGGUACAAUUACCGCGACUAGAACAUUUAAAAAACAGAUAUGCUUAAAAGUAAUAUCAUAUUGAGAAAUACAGAAAAUGAAACAACUACCUAUAAAAAAAGGUCAAGCGGGAGAGGAUCUAUCCCCCAUAUACCUCCCCAUAAAAUGUUUACUUCGUUGGACAUCGAGUUGUCAUUUGUGUUGCUGUACGAUAUAUUAUUACCUCCAUGGCACCAUGACGAAAAAAUAGAAUGCCAUCAAUCGGAUCAGUUAAGGGCAAAGAGGUUCUACAAAACAUAUUUUGUACGAUAACAAACCCAACGUCUAUUUUUCGUUUUGGCGCCAAUUGAUAUAGAAAUAUCACGUGUGGAGUACUGGUGUGUGGUCAAUGGUCACUGUGGUCGUCUGUGAUCUAUACCGAUUACUGGAUAUUGGAUACUGGAUACUGAGUACUGAGUACUGUAACAUGUAAGGAUAAAGAUAUUAGCUGGUGCCGUAUACUGUAAACUGUAAAGUUGUACUCGUACAAGAAGAACUAGUCGACUAUAAUAAUCCUGACAACUUUUCUGACUAGGAACACGUGAAUUAUAGAUUUUGUCGCUGUUGUAUUCAACCUAUACUGCACUUCUAUUUCGUACCUGCUGUACUAUCAUUGUGGAUCAUUUAUCGACGAAAUGUCUAAAAAACCGAUCAACCAUUUAAAUCUUGAUCCAGAACAGCAAAAAACAUUUGUACGCUUUCACAAAUCACUACCUGAUAAACCUUUAACAACUGUUCGUUUUUUCAAUCGGCAAGAUUAUUAUACUGUCCAUGGUCAAGAUGCUAUUUUUGCUGCUAAAGACUUUUACAAGACAAAUCAUUCAAUAAAAAUUAUUGGGUCAGAUGAUGAUACACUGGAAUCAUUGAUAUUCAAUAAAGCCAAUUUCGAAGCAUAUAUAAAACAACUGUUGUUGGUCAAUCAUUACAAAGUAGAAAUUUUUGUCAACAAAGCUGGAAAAUGGGCUCUAGAUUAUAAGGGUUCACCUGGUAACUUAUCUCAGUUUGAAGAUCUACUAUUUGGAAAUGUAGAACAAAUUGAAGCAAAUGUAGUUAUUGCCUUAAAGCUAAGCCCAGAUUUCAGAAAUAACAAGUUGAUUGGAUUAGGAGCAGUAGAUACAGUAGAAAAUAAAUUUCAACUAAGUGAAUUUACUGAUGAUGAAUAUUUUUCUCACACUGAAUCAAUAAUAAUUAAAAUUUCACCAAAAGAAUGCAUUCUUAUGAUCGAUGGUAGCAAUCCUGACGUGGAACAAUUGAAAAAAGUAGUUGAGCGUUGUGGAGUGCUUGUGACAAUGAAAAAGAAAUCUGAUUUUGGAAUCGAUACAUUGAUACAAGAUUUAAACAAGCUUAUUAUGUUCAAAGAAGGACAACAACCAAAUGCCCAUACUUUACCUCAAUUACAACUUGAAAUUGCUUCUGCUGCAAUAGCUGCAGUUAUAAAAUAUCUCGAACUAUUAUCUGAUUCGGAUAACUUAAAUCAAUUCACUGUUGAUAAUUUGGGAUACGACAAAUUUGUUCAUUUAGAUAGUGCUGGUGUUCAAGCACUUAACUUAUUUUCUAAUUCUGGUUCUAUGUCUAAAAAUGAUUCUAUUCUUGGAAUUUUUAAUAAAUGUCGCUCACCGCAUGGGCAAAGAUUGUUAACUCAAUGGAUCAGACAGCCAUUGAGAGAUUUAAAUAAAAUUAAUGAACGUUUGGACAUUGUUGAAACUCUUGUUACGGAUACAGAUAUUCGACAACAACUAUAUGAUCAACAUUUACGCACAAUACCUGAUCUUCAAGCUCUCAUGCGCAAGAUUCAAAGAAAAAAAGCUAACCUACAAGACUGUUAUAGGAUAUAUCAAGCAAUACAAAAGCUUCCAGACCUUGUGCAAACACUGAGCAAUUCAGAUGAUAAAACUCUGAACAGUGUUAUUACAACUCCAUUAAAAGAACUUGUCAAUGACAUGAAUCAAUAUCAGGCCAUGAUUGAGGAGACAAUUGAUUUAAAACUAGUUGAACGAGGCGAGUUUCUCAUUCAGUCUGGUUUUGAUGACGAAUUACAAGAAAUGAGAAAUCAAAUGGAUGACUAUGAAACAAAAAUGAAAUCAAAUUUAACCAAAACUAGUGGAGCAUUAGGAAUUUCUGUGAAAUUGGAUUCAAAUUCACAAUAUGGAUUUUUCUAUAAAGUGUUGUUAAAAGAUGCUAAGACUGUUUCAAAUAAUAAAUCGUACGAAGUUCUAGAUACCACUAAAGGUGGAGGUAUGCGUUUUCGAUCAUCUAAACUAACAGAGCUUAAUACUGAAUACCAGAAUAUACAUAAAAACUAUUUGGAACAUCAAAAAUCUAUUGUAGUUGAAGUUAUCCAAACAGCUAGUAGUUACAAUGCCACCAUACUGAACCUAAGUCGAACUUUGGCACAGUUGGAUGUUUUGACAAGCUUUUCUAUGCUGGCAGCGAGUUCUUUACGUCCAUAUGUAAGACCAAAUUUACAUCCACAAGGUCAUGGUCUGUUAGACUUAAAACAAGUGAGGCAUCCAUGUGUUGAGUUACAAGAUUCAGUGUCUUAUAUACCUAAUGAUGCUUAUUUUGAACAAGGAAAAUGCACAUUUAAUGUAAUAACUGGUCCAAAUAUGGGUGGAAAAAGUACUUACAUUAGAAGUGUUGCUGUGGCCAUUUUUAUGGCACACAUGGGAAGUUUUGUACCUUGUGAUGCUGCAGAAAUUAGUGUGGUUGAUGCUAUUUUAGCUCGAGUUGGAGCAAAUGAUUCUCAAAUAAAAGGAUUAUCUACAUUUAUGGUUGAAAUGAUAGAGACUGUUUCUAUACUCAAAAGAGCUACUUCAGAAUCAUUAGUGAUAAUUGACGAAUUAGGUAGAGGUACAUCGACUUAUGAGGGUUGUGGGAUUGCAUGUGCUAUUGCAGAACGUUUAGCUGCUGAAACCAAAGCAUUUACAUUAUUUGCAACUCAUUUCCAUGAGUUAACUAAACUCCAGGAGACCAUACCAACAAUCACCAAUAAACACGUCUCUGCUGUUACUACAGAUGAUAGUCUAACGCUUUUGUAUCAAGUACAACCAGGAUCAUGUGAUAAAAGUUUUGGUAUUCAUGUUGCUGCUAUGGCAAAAUUUCCAAAAAAUGUUAUUCAAGACGCUGUUAAAAAGCUUGCUUUGUUAGAGAGUUUUCAAAACAACCAAAUAACAGAAGAUAAUCAAAAAGAAAUCAAUGAAGCUGAUAAAGAAAAAUUUCUCAUGGAAUGCAAACGUUGUGCGCAAGAGUGUACUUCAUCCGACGAUGAGUUGUUUAAACGUAUUAAAAAACUGAGAACUGAGUUCCUAUAAUAUUAGUAUUACAUUUAUCGAUUACAAUUUCAUAUAUUUU